AUGGCUCGUGUUGUAUUGUGUUUAUUGUUUGUGAUAUUUGAUUUUGGAUUGUGCUAUGUCAACCUUGCUGAAACAGAAUGUGGAGCCCAAUCAUUCCGAAGUGCUCGUAUCGUUGGUGGUAUGAACAGCCAUACCAACGAGUUCCCCUGGGCAGCCAGCAUUUGGAGACAGGGUACCCACCAGUGCGGGGCCACUGUCAUUAGUGACCAAUGGUUGAUAACCGCUGGACAUUGCGUUUGCAGUGCGUUCGACGAAUUCUACAAAGCAAAGCAGCUGAUAGUAGUUGUUGGCUUCACAGAUAUUUCAACAUCAGAUACUAAAGAAGCUUUAUCGAAGAUACUUCCUCAUCCAGAAUACAGAUGUAAGAAGAAAACCAACGACGUAGCGCUUUUGAAGACAAUUCGUCAACUAGUUUGGAGUAGUUCGAUUCGACCAGCGUGUCUGCCUCAACCCUUAGCUCCAGAUUACAGUGGAAAACUGGCCACGGUCGCUGGCUGGGGAUUUACACAUGAAGACAGAGCGAUUGGUGACCGUCCAAACAUCCUACAGAAAGCUGAUGUCUUGGUUGUCAACAAUGAUGUCUGUAAUGAUUGGUAUAAAUCUCAAGGAAGCAAAAUCAAAGUCGUUGGCACGCAAAUAUGCGCAGGACACGAAAGUGGUGGACGGGACUCUUGUUGGGCUGACAGCGGCGGUCCCCUCAUGGUGUCUACUGACAGUGGUCGCACCAUGAUCAUUGGAGUAGUAUCAACAGGGAGUGGAUGCGCAAGAGCAAAAAUGCCAGGAAUUUACACUAGGGUAUCCAGAUUUACCGAAUGGAUACAGGCAAGUAUAACAGAAGAUACAUCCAGGUCUGGUCUCCAUUGGUAUUAUAGGAACUAA